GUCAUUUGUAUUAAACCAAAAUGAAUGACAGGGAGGGUUUUCUGGAGGGUGUUCAAUCCGGCACUAACGUGUGUAAGUUUGAACAGAAUCGGCUCUUGGAUAUUGAAGCAAUUUGAACGGAUGUCAAUAUUAUACAACCGCCCCUGCUGAUGUACAUUGUAUCCAGUUUGGCUGAAGUGAGCAACAAUCACCAUGGAAGUAGCCAGCGGCAGCAUGAUCUUGCAUCCUGACUUGGCCGAAGAGCUCAGAGCCUUGCUUGAAUCCAGUGGUUUUGAGACAGCCGGUUCCUUCUUGAAACAUCUUUUUGCUUUGGAGGAACAGCACCGAUCCCAAAAGAAUUUGUCAACAGGGAUGGAAUGGGGUGGUGAUUUAAACAUCAAUCAAGAUGUAAACCUAGUUUCUGCACAGCCACCAGAAACUGCUUCCAUUGGAGUUCAAGCUAAACUGUGCAGUUGCAGCGACAAGGUCAUCGUUAAGACAUUGCGUGAAAGAAGUGCCGUCAGGCUGUUUGAUAAGAUUCAGAGAGGGAAUUUCCGAGAUGAAACAUCUGACUCUGAGGGAGUCGAUCAGUCUGACUCUGAUUACAGUGAGGAGAUGGAGGAAGAGGUCAAUUACAACAGUAGGAAGAGAAAACAAAAAAGUAAGACUGUAAAAGGAAAACCAAAGCACAAAACUGUUCCUAAACAAAAAACAAAACGAAGAAAGGACGAACAGGAAGCAGCCACUGUGAGCCAGCCAAACACAAAAAGGAGAAAGCCUGAUGAGGGAACAGAAAGUGUCAGCAAGCAAAAAAAGAAAACAAAAAAGUCCAAGGACGAAGCAAAAACUGAUGCCAAACCAACAGAGAAUGAAAAACAAUCAGUCAAAACAUGCAAGGAGUGUGACGCCAAGUUUACCAAUAAGUUUGACUAUAAUCAGCAUGUGAAGAAACACAGUGAAGAAAGUCUUGAAUCUUUGAAUCUCGGACGCAUGGUGCACAUCGUACGGAUCCAGGAACGUCCCCUCGUUUGCAAACAAUGUGGCAAAGCUUACAGAACCGCGCGUGGAUUGCAGUAUCAUACUUAUAACCAUACGGGUGAACGGCCAUACAAAUGUACGCAGUGUGACAAUGCGUACAAAAGUGGCCAGUCACUAAGAGAACACGUAUUAAGAUAUCAUGAGCAACCCGGCAUAAAGCCUUACAAGUGCCCUUACUGUGAUAAAAGUUUUGUGAAGCAACACACAUUGAAUGUGCACAAAAGAGAGAAACAUCAGAGCCCCGACGAGGACCAGUAGAAGCAUUAGUGAAAUUGAAACCCCACAUCAUAAAGACCUGGGCUGAGACCAUAACAGUGUCAAUGUCCGUACUGUCACAAGUGUUGCAUCGAAAAUUCACAAAUUUGUCACUUCAUAAAGACAUAGACCAGCCUUAAGUAGAAUAUAUGCCUCACAAAAACUUUGGAAUACUCUUAUUUCUGCAUUAUUGUUUUAAGUUUUUCAUUCUUACUUAUACAAUGUAGUCUAUGUAAUAGACCAUGGUGGUCUAUAACAUUUGAGCAGAUUCGCUGAUUAAUUAUGCAAGACAACAGCAUCUUGACCUCUAGAUUUUGACCAGUCGGCAUGCGCUUUCUUUUUUUCAGGUCUUCGGUCAUUCACUUCGGAUAAAAAAGAGGCCUAUAAACAUUUGUCAGGCUUUAAACACUUUCUGUAGAUUAAAUGUAAAAAUAUGUACCGAUAAGGCAAAAUGUAAAAUACUUGGGAUGAGUAUUUUUUUUAGCUAGAGUGUCAUUCAUAAUUAAGAUGACGCUCCAUUGUUGAAAGAAAAAUUGUAGGGAAAAGGUUUGUCAAUUUUUAGGUGGUAAAGUAAACUUUUGAAAUAGAUAUUAAUGGUCCAUUGUAUUCAAACACACAGUUAAAAGGAUGUAAAAUACAACUUAAUUGAAAUAAACAAUUGUACAGGUUUUUUCGCCAGAAAAGAACAAAUGAUUUUCUAUCAA